UUGACCUAUGAAGGAAUCCGUAAAGUCUCGCGAUAUGUCAACUCUCGGGGAAGCUGUCAUGGCGGCGUCUGUACUUAGCCACGGGGUGCAGCCCUAAGGUUAACAGUAGCAUGCAUUCUCUUCCCCUAGGAGAAGUGACAUUUGUUUCAUCUUGACAACAUUCAAGCCAUUUGGAAAUUUUAGUGGACAACAAAAUGAAUAACAAAGCAGGUUCCUUUCUAUGGAACCUCAGACAAUUCAGUACUUUGGUUCCAACCAGCCGAACUAUGAGGCUAUUUUCUUUGGGACUUUGCAAAACAAAAGUGGUUCAUUCAGGCUGGAACCUCAACAGCCUAAGUGACUUCCAUAGCAGAAUGCAAUUAUCUAUUAGAUAUCUCUUUCAGGGUACAUUCUUUUUAAAAACAGGAGCUGGCUGCUUUCAAACAAAGGGCAUAAGCACUGUAGCAGCCAUUAAAAGUGACAGACUACUUGGUCCUAGAAAGCUGUCCCUUGACUCAAAACAUUCUCUUGUCCCUGUUGGUACUGCUGAUAAUGAAAUGAACAAAGUACGCUUUCAUCAGGAGGUCCCCAAUGAAGAUAUUGUCAGCAAGGAAAUAAAACCAACCCCUAUCACUUAUAAAAAGCUGGCCCAGGAGUGUAAUUCCCUAAGUGAUGUGUUAGAUACGUUUUCAAAAGCUCCUACAUUUCCUAGUAGUAACUAUUUCUCAGCAAUGUGGACAAUUGCCAAAAGGAUGUCUGAGGACCAGAAGCGCUUUGAAAAACAACUGAUGUUUAACCAUCCUGCAUUUAACCAGCUGUGUGAACAUAUGUUGAGAGAAGUCAAGUUUUUGCACUAUGACCAGUUGCUCUUCAGUCUUCAUGCAAUGGUGAAGCUUGGAAUCCCUCAGAACACUCUUCUGAUACAGACUUUGCUGAGGGUGAUCCAGGAACGAAUCAAUGAGUGUGACGAGAAAUGCCUUUCAGUUUUGUCAAAUAUUAUAGAGGCGAUGGAGCCAUGCAAGAAUGUGCAAGUUCUGCGAGCGGGAUUGAGAUUACUAGUUGAUCAGCAAGUUUGGAAGAUAGAACGUGUCUUCACCUUGCAAACUGUGAUGAAAUGUAUUGGAAAAGAUGCACCACAUGCUCUUAAAAGGAAACUAGAGAUGAAAGCUUUGAGGGAAUUAGACAAAUUUUCUGUUCUGAAUAGCCAGCGUAUGUUCGAGGUGCUAGCUGCCAUGAAUCACCAUUCUGCUGUUCUCCUGAAUGAAUGCAGUAAAACAUUCAUAGAUAAUAUCCAUGGGUGUCCUUUUAAAAUAUUGAUCAACAUACUGCAGUCCUGCAAAGACCUCCGAUACUUUAAUAUAGAUCUCUACAAGGGAAUAGCAGAUUAUGUGACUACAACUUUUGACAUGUGGAAGUUUAAACAAGUUCUUUUUCUCCUUAUUUUGUUUGAAGACCUUUGUUUCCGACCUGUUGAUUUGAUGGAUUUGUUUAUGAAAAAAGUAGAAGAAGAACCUGAAUCCCUAACGGUGAAAAACAUUGUUUCUAUUCUUCACGUGUAUUCUUCUCUGAAUCACUUCUAUAAGUGCCAGAACAAAGAAGAAUUCCUAGAAGUUAUGGCUAGUGCUCUGACUGGUUGUCUUCACAACAUCUCUUCUGAAAACCUGUUGCAUGCUGUAUACUCAUUUGGUCUGAUGAAUUACUUCCCCCUGGCUCCUGUUAAUCAGCUUCUCCAAAAGGAUAUCGUCACUGAGUUGCUGACAUCAGGUGACAUAGAGAGGAAUGUUUACAAGCUCCAUGUAUUGGAUACUUGUCUAAAGCUCGAUGAUACACCUUAUCAGAGGGCCGUGGGCCUGUCACUGCCACAGCCACCCUUGACACCACCGUAUCCAAAUGCCAAGGUGGCAGAGGUGCUCAGUAGCCUUCUAGGAGGUGAAGGGUACUUCUCAAAAAAUGUGCAGUUGCCACAUAAUUAUCAUAUCGAUUUUGAAAUCAGAAUGGAUACUAAUAGGAGUCAAGUGCUUCCGUUUUCUGAUGUGGAUGUAACUUCUACAGAUAUGCAAAGAGUAGCUGUGCUGUGUGUGCCUAGAUCUGCUUAUUGUUUGGAUCUAAGCCACCCCAGAGGAUCCCUUGCUAUGAAAAUGCGGCAUUUGAAUGUGAUGGGUUUUCAUGUGAUCUUGGUCAAUAACUGGGAGAUGAAAAAACAAGAGAGGGAAGAUGCCAUCACAUUUUUGAAGAAUAAAAUUUAUUCAGUCGAAGCCCUUCCUACUGCUGAUGUAAAUUUGCAAAGCACGUAUUAAAGUAAAAAUCAAACUCAUAUUAAGAGACAUACAUUUGCAAAAAUAACUUUAAUAAAGACUACAAUCAGUUGUCA